AUGCCAAUCACGCAGACAGACGGCGCCAUGCUUCUGUCGCUGGCUAAGACCAUGCGUCAACGCCAAUUCGUCCUUGCCCUGCUGGCCACACAACACGUCGAACGGCCACUGAUCCCCGAAGUCCGUUUCAACCUGGACGAUAUGACGGAUGCUAACGCAGUGCUCGACUACCGCUUUGACGUCGUGGGCAUCCGCAAACUCGGCUACUACCUCGGCCUACCAGCGGUGGUG